AAAUUUUUCCCCCUGUUAUCACAACAAUGAUAAUAAUUGAACCCUAACCUCCGAGCAAUGCAGAGAAUUCUCCCAGUGUUCUCCAGCAACACCAGAUCAAUGUCAAGCUUUCGACUGGCCCUGGCCCAACUCUCAGUUGGCACAGAUAAAUCCUCCAACAUUGAUAAUGCAGUGUCUCACAUAAAUCAGGCAAAAAAACAGGAAGCCGACGUAGUUGUCCUCCCCGAGUGCUUCAACUCACCAUACGGUACCCAGCAUUUUAAAAAAUACGCAGAAGCCAUUCCCAGCGGUGAAACGUGUGCUGCACUGUCUAAAGCAGCCAGAGACAACAAAAUUCUAGUCAUUGGGGGAACAAUUCCAGAGAGAGAUGAUGAUAAAUUGUACAACACCUGCACUGUCUGGGACAGCGAGGGUAAAUUAAUAGCUAAACACAGGAAGAUGCACCUCUUUGAUAUCGAUAUCAAGGACAAGAUGACCUUCUUCGAGAGCGAGACUCUGUCACCUGGUGAUGAUAUCACGAUUUUUGAGUUCAGAGGCUGCAAAAUAGGCAUUGGUAUUUGCUAUGACAUCAGAUUCGAGGAGAUGGCCAAGUUGUACAGGAAUAGAGGGUGUCACAUGCUGGUUUAUCCAGCUGCUUUCAAUCUCACCACUGGACCACUCCAUUGGGAGCUGCUCCAGAGGUCAAGGGCUAAUGACAAUCAGUGUUUUGUGGUCUGUGUGUCUCCAGCCAGGGGAAAGGGACCUGGAUACAUCGCCUGGGGUCACAGUCAAUUGACUAGCCCCUGGGCCAGGGUUAUCUGUGAUCUGGGGACUGAGCAGAACCUCGAAGUCGCGGAAAUCAAUCUAGAGGAAGUUGAGGAAGUGAGAAGUCAAAUUCCCAUUUCCAAUCAAAGACGAACAGAUAUUUACGACACAAUCUACAAGAAGUGAAAUCUCACCGGCGAAAUUUUACCUGAAAAUGAUAAAAAGUCGACGAAACCAGUGAAUAGUGGUAAACGGGUAAAUAUUCUUAAUAAAUUUAAAACAUCUUUAUUAAUUCUCGAUUGAAUAACGUAAUAAAAAAUCUAUUUUGGAAUA